CCGGAAACUCUUCCCCGGAAUCAAAACAACCGGUCAGGGUUUACAGCUCAUGGAUCCCGGAUAUAUCGGGUGAAGCGGUGAUUUGGCAGGAAGUGCAAUGGCAGAGUUCUACGUUAAACCAGGUAACCAGGAGAGGGGCUGGAAUGACCCUCCACAGUUUUCCUAUGGCUUACAGACACAGGCAGUGGGGAGCAAACGGAAUCUCUUAAAUAAAAGAGUACCUCCACCUCAGCUUGACGCGUCACAGGCUUCUGUUCCUAGUGGAGCUCCGCCCCCCGUCGUGCCUUCUGCUCCUCCCUUGAACCCAUUGGCUCCUCCCCCCUGUGGAGUGGCAACACGUCCUCUGCAAUGUCCUGCAGUGAGUCGCGCUGGACCUUCUGACCCUGCAGCUGGAGAAAACGAACCUGAUGUUGACGAUGUCAUGGCACAGCUCAGCUGGGCUCUGUCAGCCUGCAAACACACAGUCAAGAAGCAAGUUUGUGAUGAUGUCGGUAGGCGGUUGAAACUUUUUGAGGAGAUGUGGAGAAACGGAAAGCUGUCCCUUUCUGUAAAGAGAAGAAUGAACCUUCUUAUUCAAGAAAUGAAGAGACAGAACUGGGACCUUGCUGAUGAGAUGCACCGCUCUUUGAUGGUGGAUCAUGUUAAUGAAGUCAGUCAGUGGAUGGUAGGAGUCAAGCGGCUCAUUGCAGAGAUGAGGAAUCUGCCCCUUGAGGCUCUCAACAACGAGUCACAAGAACAGAGCUCAGAAGUGCAAACAAACGUCAAAACUUCAUUGGACUGAGAAAAAUAAAACAAAUGUACUUGAA